AUGAUGAUAAGAGAGGCAGAGAAAGAACUGAAUGCAGAUGAACUGAUCAGCAGAAGAAAUGACAUCUCACUGCAAGAUGCAGCUACUACUGCCACAGCUAUAAGAGAUGUAGAAGAAGAAGAUAUGAUAAUGAGAGCAGUGCUUCUGCAGUUCAUUGACACUGCUGUCUUCAUCUUCAAUCUGGCUUUCUUAACAGUCAUGAAGGCUGCAGCUGUAUCAUAA